ACGACGCCACAGACGAUGCGAGAUGUCUGUGUUCGAGAAGAAGAGGGAAGAUAAAUUGCUCCUCGAUGAUACUAAGCCUCUCUUUUGCAAUAUCAAAGAGGCUCAGAAUACCGAUGGACAUAUUGAAUAUGUUUUGGAAGUUUGGCGUACCCCAGACAUUGACACAAGAUGGACUGUAAGCCACAGAUACUCAGAUUUUGCACAACUCCAGUCAACCUUAAAAGUUGGAUCAAUGGUGCUACCACAGCUACCUCCCAAGAAAGUUUUUGGAAAUACAGAUAGAGACUUUAUUAAUGAGAGAAAAGUAGCCCUACAGAAAUACCUUGACAAUAUAUUGUCAAAUGAACUACUAGCUUCAUCAUUACCAGUGAAAAAGUUCUUAGAUCCCAAGUCUUAUUCUAGAAAUUUUCAAGAGGAGGCAAGGCAGAAUGUGCACAUUGUCCUCAGAUCGGGAGGAAGCCAUGAAGCCACAGAGGCCCUUCCAGGAAUUGGAACGCGCAUUUGCAAAGAAUACUUUCUGGCACACCCAUUGGCAGACGCCAAGACACAGCACAUACUCUGGUGGGCUCCCUUUGGCCCUGACAGAGCCAUGAACUUGCGAGACAUGCAUGCGACACUCACGGCGCUUGUCCAAUGUCAGCACCCAUACAUUGUUCCGUCUGUCAGCAGUGUGGCCACGGAAACCGGUGUGUGUGUUGUUCGACCAUGGUUUCCUCAGGGAACAGUCCGAGAUCAGAUACACCAGGCGAAGCCACGAGGAAGUUGCCUGAUGAAGUACACGGGUGAAAGAUUGAAUCCCAUCCCCCAGAGAGACUGUGCCAUAUAUGGGAGACAGAUUUUACAGGCUCUUUUAUUUCUACAUGAAAAAGGGUUUGGACAUGGAAGCUUGCACACUGGCAACCUAGUGAUAGACAAUAAUGUCUGUCGUCUCCUGGAACUCGAGAAUCAGGUAGUAGGACUUCCCACCCAAAUUCGUCCAUUCAUGAUCAACCAUCGCAAGAUCAAUUCGAUUGAAGCCAUUGACGUGUACAGCUUUGGCCAUGUGUUAUAUGAAAUGAUUUUCCAGAAGCGCCUGACAACAGACACAUGCACCGAGUUUCCUCCAGAUUGCCCUCCUUUGUCAAGAUCUGUUCUUGAAAGUAUACUGAGUCCUGAAGCCUGUAAAAAUGGCCUACCUACUGUUGCCGGCUUGCUAACUCAUCCUUUCUUUAAUCAGGUUCCUCUCCAUAGCCACGAGAAGCCAAGUCUUAAAUUACCAUCAUCAGUGAAACAGGCUGUAUCAGCCAGCCAUGAGGCUUUGUUGACCAGACUAGCUGCUGACCAAAAGAAAGUACGUCAACAGAGAAAGUUGUCCAAAGCAGAGGCAUUUGUUUCACAACAGUCGAUAAAGAACAGAUCUAAAAAGCAUUUACAAGCGGACACAAAUGGUAUUAUAUCAGAUUCCCAGAGGUCGUCAGAAGACACUAGUCCUAGUCCUGGUAGCGCCAGUGGGAACAUAAGUGUCUCACCAUCACUGGUAGCACCACCACCUCCCCCUCCAAAUCCACAACCCCUUCUACUCCAAAUGUCCCCCAGUCACCAGCAGGCCCUCCCCCUCCCCCCCCCCACCUCCACCUCCACCUCCUCCUCCACCAGUGGCCUCGUUCCCAAGCACAGCCACGCCAGCUCCUCCAAAUGAGAGCCAAGAGCGAGCUGCCUUACUCUCGUCCAUCAAUUCGUUCAAGAAAAACAAACUGAAGAAGUCCACAACCAACGACCGCAGUGCUCCCGUUUUGUAAGGGAGUUUAAGUUUGGGGGUAUUGUUGCAUUCAGGAGCCCAAAAGUGGGGUUUAUGUUUGGUAUUUCAGAGUGCUACAUAGUGAGAUAUGAAACGGAGAGAUUGAUAUCAUGGAAAUCUACAUUAAUAGAUCAAUGGGACUUGAGCGGAGGCUUGAUUUUCGUCUAUAUGUGAUCAGAAGUGUUGUAUUUUGAUAUUAAAAGAUGAUAUAUAUGUAUGUAUGUAUGUAAAAAUAUAUAUAUUAUGAUUAUUUUGUCAUGAACUAAAUCAGUUUCACAUAGUUUUUAUGUUCAGGUAAUUUACCUGGUAUUACUAAAGUCAUUCCCCUCUUUGUUUUACUUUUGUUAUAUCUUUCAUGAUUUCUUUUUUACAUUGUAAAGCUUUAUAACAAGAUCUGAUUUAGUACCACAAGCUCAAAAGUUGUGCUGUCUGAAAUUGAAUGGUUGUGUUAGCUCAAUAAGAAUUUUUACUUCUUAUCUAGUCAGUAGAAAAAAAAUACUGGUCAAAACUUUCUGUUGUUUUGAUUUUGUUGUGUAACAAAGUCAGAGUGUAUUCCAGAAGGGAAUAUAGAAAUUAUGAAUUAUAGAAGGUGCAAAGCAUUUAUGACAAUUUGUAUUACUUUUAUCAAAGAAACCAAUAUGUUAGUUUACUAUUAUAUACUUAAUUAAUUGUUGUUAAAAACAAUUGAAGCAAAACUUUUAACCCAGGCUGAAGGUAAUUUGGUUAGAAUUAGAAUACUCGUGAUCAUAGUUUAUUGAACAUUUCAGAAAUCUUGUAAAUUUUUCACUUUCUGUUAAUUUACAUGUUGAUUUAAAAGGGACUGAUUGUCAUUGGCAUAUUACACAGAUCACUCUUUGAGCAAUGCAUUUCUAAGAAUAGCAUGCAUUUGAUACAAUUGCAGAUUAUUUGCAAAUAUAUGUAAUGAAGAAC